UCAAUAUUAAAGAUGUAUAGACUAACCUUGAAAUGUCUUUCUCUGAACUUUCUUCUCUUAAUCUCCUCACUCUCUUCGAGGUUCGGGACUUGUGACGCUAGGCACAGUGUAUACUGGAAAGGAAACCGCAGGUCUAUUGCUCAAGGGGAAAGUUCAGGAACAAUCAAUGUGCUUGACCAUGGCGCAAAAGGUGAUGGGAAAAGUGAUGACACAAAGGCUUUUGAAGAUGCUUGGAAGGUAGCUUGUAAGGUGGCAGCGUCAACAUUAUUAGUUCCAUCUGGUUCUACGUUCCUUGUUGGUCCUAUUUCUUUCCUGGGAAAAGAAUGUAAAGAGAACAUUGUGUUUCAGAUAGAUGGAAAGAUCAUAGCUCCAACGAGUGCAAGUGCAUGGGGAUCAGGUCUUUUGCAAUGAAUAGAAUUCAAAUCACUUAAAGGAAUCACUAUAAAAGGAAAAGGGAUAAUCGAUGGACGAGGAUCAGUAUGGUGGAACAACGCGAAAAUGCCAAGGACCAAACCAACAGCUUUGAGGUUCUACGGGAGUAACGGUGUAACGGUCAGUGGAAUAACCAUACAGAACAGCCCUCAAACCCAUCUCAAGUUUGAUAACUGCAAAAGCAUUCAAGUGUCUGAUUUCACAACUUCAUCCCCUGGAGAUUCCCCAAACACAGAUGGAAUCCACCUGCAAAACUCUCAAGAUGCCGUUAUUUACCGCAGCACACUGGCCUGUGGAGAUGACUGUAUAUCAAUUCAAACUGGAUGCUCGAAUAUCAACAUACACGAUGUAGACUGUGGGCCUGGCCAUGGAAUUAGCAUUGGAGGACUGGGAAAGGACAAUACAAAGGCGUGUGUUUCAAACAUCACUGUCCGUGAUGUCACGAUGCAUGAAACUACGAAUGGUGUUCGAAUAAAGUCCUGGCAGGGAGGAUCAGGGUCUGUAAAACAAGUUAUGUUUUCAAAUAUUCAAGUCAGCAACGUAGCCAAUCCAAUAAUAAUAGAUCAAUAUUACUGCGAUGGUGGCGGAUGCCAUAAUGAAACUUCAGCAGUCGCUGUAUCAAACAUAAACUACAUAAACAUAAAAGGUACCUACACCAAAGAACCUGUACGCUUUGCCUGCAGUGAUAGCUUGCCAUGCACAGGAAUCUCACUUUCGACCAUAGAGCUUAAGCCAGCCACAGGAAAAGCAAGUUCACUAGAUCCUUUCUGCUGGAAGGCACACGGUGAACUGAAGACAAAAACUCUUCCACCAAUACAAUGUUUGAAAACAGAAAAGUCACCAGAAGCUGCAAGCCGGUCUAAUAAUGAUGCUUGCUGAUAUUAGAGUAAGAAAUUAUGUUAAAAUGUCAAGGUAGGCCACACAAUAUACGAAUAAAGAAGGGUUUGAAUCUCUUCCUUUGUCAUAUACUAGUUUUUAUAAAUCAUUUGCAAACAAAAUGUAAUAUAUCGCAUGCAAUGUAUUGCAUUCUGUUAUAGACUAUUGGGAGUUAUUGAAUUA